UUGACUCUUAACUUUUAUAAAGAAUAUCUCUCUGGAUUUGAGACCUUAAUCUUUGCAACUUUGCAACUUUAUCUUCUUUAUGCACCAAGAGCUUGUUACAUUCCAUAGAGAAAGAAACAGUUGAAAUUGCAUCAUAUGACCCCUUGUUGUUCAGAACUCAUUCUGUAAGUGUUGGAUGUCGUGAGGAUUUAGUGGUUUAAUUACAGACUGAAAUCAUUCUCAUGUGAUCUUUAUUCAGUGAAUGUGAUUAAUCACAGAUGGAUGUGAUUGACAGUGUGAGCAGCAGAGAGAGCCACAGUCUCACAUCACACUGACUCUACAGGAGCAGGAAUGAGGAAGGUGUUUUACACACGUGACUCAGACAGAACCAGGAAACAGGAAUCGCCUGAUUUCAGGGAAAGAGAAACUGAAGUGUAGUUGAGCUGUUGUGUGUUUGUGUCUCUGUAUUCAAGCAGUAAAAUGGCAGAAGCCAGAUUUUCUCAGGAUGAGUUCAUGUGUCCAGUGUGUCUGGAUCUGCUGAAGGAUCCAGUGACCAUCCAUUGUGGACACAGUUACUGUAAGAUCUGUAUUACAGACUGCUGGGAUCAGGAGGAUCAGAAGAGAGUCUACAGCUGUCCUCAGUGCAGACAGACCUUCAGUCCAAGACCUGCUUUAUCUAGAAACACCAUGCUGACUGAAGUGGUGGAGAAACUGAAGAAGACCAGACUCUCUGAUGACUGUGAGGCUGGAGCUGGAGAUGUGCAGUGUGACGUCUGUACUGGAAGAAAAUACAGAGCCGUCAAGUCCUGUCUGGUGUGUCUGAACUCUUACUGUCAGAAUCACCUCGAGCAACAUGAGAGUUUCUUUAGAGGAAAGAGACACAAUUUGACUGAUGCCAUUGGACGACUGCAGGAGAUGAUCUGCCAGAAACAUGAGAAGAUCCUCGAGGUUUUCUGUCGCACUGAUCAGAAAUGUAUUUGUGUGAUGUGUACAGUUAUUGAACAUAAAAACCACGACAUUGUAUCAGCUGCAGCACAGAGGACAGAGAAACAGAAGCAGCUGAAGGAGACACAGAAGACGCUCCAGCAGAGAAUCCAGCAGAGAGAGAAAGAUCUCCAGCAGCUGAGAGAGACUGUGGAGUCUCAUAAGCGCUCUGCACAGACAGCAGUGGAGGACAGUGAGAGGAUCUUUACUGAGCUCAUCCGCUCCAUUGAGAGAAGCCGCUCUGAGCUGAUACGACUGAUCAGAGAUCAGGAAAAGACUGCAGUGAGUCGAGCUGAAGAACGACUGGAGCGACUGGAGCAGGAGAUCAAUGAUCUGAGGAGGAGAGACACUGAGCUGGAGCAGCUUUCACACACACAGGAUCACAUCCAGUUCCUGCAGAGUUUCCAGUCUCUCUCAGCUCCUCCUGAAUCUACAGACGUAAAUGAUGAUCUCUUCAGUUCUCUCUUCUCUUCUGAUGAUCUGAGAGAAUCUGUCCAUCAGCUGAGAGACAAACUGGAGGAUUUCUGCAAAGAGCAGCUGAAGAAGAUCUCAGACAGAGGUAAAGUCCUGGAGAUUCAUCUGCUCUCAGAAACCAGUCCAUCAUCCAGGAACGACUUCCUACAAUAUUCCCAUCAGUUCACUCCGGAUCUGAACACAGUGAAUAAACUCCUCCAUCUGUCUGAGAACAACAGAGUGAUUACUAACACUUACACAUUCCAGUCGUAUCCUGAUCAUCCAGACAGAUUUGAUGUGUGGCAGGUGUUGUGUAGAGAGAGUGUGUGUGGACGCUGUUACUGGGAGAUUGAGUGGAGUGGAGAUGAUGGUGUGGAUAUAUCAGUGUCAUAUAAGAGCAUCAGCAGGAAGGGACGGGGUAAAGAGUGUUGGUUUGGAUGGAAUGAUCAGUCCUGGAGUUUGUGCUGCUCUUCCUCCACUUACUCAUUCAGACACAAUAACAUAAAGACUGUUCUCUCUGUGAAGCCCAUCAGCAGUAGAAUAGGAGUGUUUGUGGAUCACAGAGCAGGAACUCUGUCCUUCUACAGCGUCUCUGACACAAUGAGCCUCAUCCACACAGUCCAGACCACAUUCACUCAGACGCUCUAUCCUGGGUAUGGGUUUGGAUCUGGAUCAUCAGUGAAACUGUGUUGAUGAAUCAGAAUAGUCUCAUGAGGGAUUCUCCCCAUAAUGCUUUUGAUGAUGAAUAAGUAACAGUGAGAUGUUUCCUUAUGUAAAAAUGGGUGCCUCCAUUUGUAAGUUAUAUGGGUUUAGCUUUCGGGCUCUUUGCAUCCAACUAUUUUUAGCUGUACAAAAUCGAGUACAGAAUAGAGUCUCUUCUUCUUUUCUCUUCAUGACAUUAAUACUGCAGCUAAACUUCUGUCAGUGAAAUAAGAGUCAGAAUAAAUGUGUAAUAAAUCCUCAUAUAGACAGUAUAGGAGCACACUUCCUGUGAACACACACACACAGAGAGAGAGAGCAGCUUCUCUAAAUGUCAUUUAAUCGUAAUAUUGUUUAAUGAUUGUCUGAUUUGUAGGUAUAUUUCUCUUCAUGAGUAAGAGAUCAGAGAAUGUCUCAAGGUUUUUAACAUCACACGAUGAUGUUGUGAAGCAGAAAUAUUCCAUUAUUUUUGGUUUGAUAUAAUAACACUUGUUGAGGAAAUCUGAGCAUUGAAACACACACAACUAAUAUAAUUUAAUAAAUCCUGCCCAUUUGAUCAUCACUUGUCUCCUGCGUUCUGCUCAGGAUGACAGAAGACUUUGAGUUAACACAGUUUUGAGUCUCAGACAAAACACACGUCUUCUGACAGGAUCUGGUGAAAGUGCAGUCAUCAGGAUUUUGACACAAUUUUGACACACACACACACACACACAAAAUAAGACAAGUAAACAGUCAAUAAUAAAAUAAGAACAAAGACACUAAUUACUGGAAAAACAAAAUAGAAAUGAAAAAAUAAAUUGCGGAUACAAUGCAAAUAAUUUUCAAUCUUAAAUUCAAGUAAAUUUCACUACGGAAAUGUAAUAAAGCAAUCAAUAAAACACUGCAACAAUCAUCCAGAACUGAUAUUGUUUUUGAUGUGAAUAAUGACUCAAUUGUCUUGUGUAGAGCUUCUUUACAGCUGAAACUGAGUGAAUCUUACAACAUUAACACUCUUAGUUUCUGUUUCUUUGAAACCGUCUGUAUUGUAUGAAGCUCAGCGCUGGAUGAAGCGCCUGAAAGCCACACUUGAGUAAAAGUACAGAUAUCUGACCAGAAAAUGAGUUCGGUAGAAGUUAAAGUCACUGUUUAGAAUAUUACUUGAGUAAAAGUUUUAAACGAUGAGAUAUUUGAUGUAUCAUUAUAUGAUCAGACUC